GUCUAAAAAAAAAACUAUCGGACUCCACCACAGUAUUUUUUUGUCCUUCUCCUCACCCUCCACCUGCCUCACCCCUCCUGCCUCACCUGCUGACCCGCAGGUCGCGACAGAUCAUUAGCGCUCAACGCGCCGCACGGGGAACCUUCUUCGCUUCGAUCGCACCGCCUCGACGCAGAGGCGCUGACACCGACGCGCGCACACGCACACACCCGGGGAUCAGGGCGCCGCAGCCGGCGCCUCCAUGGACAGCGGCCCGCUGAGCGGCCCGCCGGCUCCGGGCAGCCAUCGCUGUUCGCUCAAGCGGAUCCGGGGCUUGGUCCCCGUUGGUUUCAAGGCCGAGAUAAAAGCCUUGUCCAAGCUGGCCGGACCGGUGAUCAUAGCCCAGCUCAUGGUGUUUGCUGUGAGUUUUGUCAGUACUGUUUUCUGUGGCCAUCUGGGGAGGACGGAGCUGGCAGCGGUGUCUUUGGCCAUAGCAGUAAGUCCAGGACGGGGGACGUUCCUCCAGCGAAAGUCCAAGUCCGAUCCCAAUUCCUCAACGUUUGUGUUGCAUCCUCAGGUUAUUAAUGUCACGGGUAUAUCUAUCGGAUCUGGUUUGGCUUCGGCGUGUGAUACUCUGAUUUCACAGACCUUUGGAGGCAAUAACCUGAUGCGAGUCGGGGUCAUUCUGCAACGGGCCAUCCUCAUCCUGUUACUGGCGUGUUUCCCCUGUUGGGCGAUCCUGGUUAACACUGAGCCCAUUCUGCUGGCGGUCAGACAGGAGCCAGAGGUGGCAAGGUUGGCUCAGAUGUACGUGAAUAUCUUCAUGCCGGCACUUCCUGCUACAUUCAUGUAUUCAUUAGAAACAAGAUAUCUGCAAAACCAGGGCAUCAUAUGGCCGCAGGUAAUCACAGGCGUUGUAGUCAACCUUCUUAACGCCCUCAUCAACUACAUCUUCCUUUACGUGUUGCAUCUGGGAGUAGCAGGUUCUGCUGUUGCCAACAGCGUUUCCCAGUUCGCCAUGGUCGUCGUUCUCUAUUCUUAUAUAAUGUGGAAAGGCCUUCACAAGGCCACCUGGGGAGGCUGGUCUAAAGAGUGCCUGCAGGACUGGGGCUCGUACAUCCACUUGGCCGUCCCUAGCAUGCUCAUGAUGUGUGUUGAGUGGUGGACUUAUGAGAUUGGAGGCUUUCUGGCAGGUCUGAUAAGUGAGGUGGAGCUUGGAACUCAAUCGGUUGUAUAUGGACUUGCUAAUGUUGCAUACAUGUUCCCUAUGGGCUUCAGUAUAGCAGGCAAUGUAAGGGUUGGAAAUGCCUUGGGAGCUGGAGACACGGAGCAGGCUAAGCUGUCAGCUAAACUCACCAUGUUCUGUGCAAUGUCGGCCUCUAUAUGUUUGUCCAUUCUCGUGGGGAGCUUGAAGGACCACAUCUCUUAUGUCUUUACUUAUGACAAAAAAAUACAGGAAAGGGUUGCUGAUGUCAUGGUUUUAUACGCACCUUUCGUUAUCCUGGAUGCAAUAUCAGCGGCCGCGGGAGGAAUUAUAAGAGGAGCUGGUAAACAGAGGAUCGGGGCUAUUGUCAACAUUUUGGGAUAUUAUGGUGUUGCUUUUCCCGUUGGAGUGCCGCUCAUGUUUGCAGCCAAAAUGGGAAUCACGGGUCUGUGGACCGGGAUGUUUGCUUGUGGGUUUCUGCAGUCCACAUUCGUCAUUCUCUACCUGGUAAGAAUGAACUGGAUGAAAGCAGCAAUUGAGGCUCAAAUCAGAGCGGGAGUGUGUGAGAGCUUGAGUGGCACAAGUCCCCAACCAGAUGUUCCAGGGAUCCCACCAGAGAAAACAUGGAACCCAGUAAAACAAAAGGACCACGUGGGCCUGAUUGACACAGCGGGGAAAGCAGCAGAAACAGUGGAGCAGAAGGAGUUCUCUCACAGGGCUCUGGUUCUGCGUAGAGGCCUGACUCUUGCUCUCAUGUUGGCCAUCCUGGCUGCUGGAAUCAUUCUUAACCUGCUGAUCAUAAACGUGUUCACGUGAACACUA